AUGGCAGCCACGGAGGAAGACGCCAGAGAAGAAGAAAACGGCCGCAUCGACCCGGUUGGACGAGCCGACUCCUGCAUGGACCACGCCCCCGUGAGGUCACUCGAAGACAUAGUCAAACUGGUGGAGGUGUCAAACGACGGUGGGCCCCUGGGAAUCCACGUGGUGCCUUUCAGUGGCAGGGACCGCAGGACUCUUGGCUUGUUGGUCAAGCGUCUGGAGAGGGGAGGGAAGGCCGAGCAGCAGGGCCUCUUCCAGGAGAACGACUGUAUCGUCCGUAUCAAUAACGGAGACCUGCGAAACAUCCGAUUUGAACAAGCCCAGAACAUGUUCCGUCAGGCCAUGCGCUCUCCGGUCAUCAUGUUCCACGUGGUGCCAUCGUCCAUGAAGGCCCACUACGAGCAGCUGUCCCACACAGAGAAGAACCCGGCGUACUUCUCGGGUCGUUUUAGCCCCGACUCCGUGAGCGGCAGCACCGUCUCCGGGAUGGACCACACGCCGCAGAGGAUGUCCCGACACGGUUCCCAAACCCACCCGCACUCCCAUCCGCAUCCUCAUUCCCACGCUCAUCCGGAACAGAAUGACGGCUACCCACCUCUGACGCACCCGGCGGUGUCUGCGGCCAAGCCUCCGACGGGUCACACCCACUCACCGCAGAGGGGGCUGAAUGCCACGCCAACGGGGGGGUAUGCCAAAAAGGUCGGGAGGAGGCUCAACAUCCAGCUAAAGAAAGGUCCCGAGGGACUCGGCUUCAGUAUCACGUCACGGGACGUCCCCAUCGGCGGCUCGGCACCCAUCUACGUAAAGAACAUACUGCCUCGGGGAGCUGCCAUCCAAGAUGGACGCCUCAAGGCAGGAGACAGGUUGCUGGAGGUGAAUGGUGUGGACCUAAAUGGGCGGACCCAGGAGGAGGUGGUCUCUCUGCUCAGGGCCACGCCCAUGGGUGGUGCCGUCGGGCUGCUGAUCCUCCGCCAGGAAGACACCUUCCUCCCCCGAGAAGUGAACGCUGAGCCCCAGAUGCAAAGCCCCAGAGAUUCGCAACCAAGGCAGCCGGUGAUAGCCGGGAAACCCCAUUGGCUGAUUGAG